CCCGCCCCUCCGCGCAUGCGCGCUCCUCCCGACGGCGGCCGCCGAGGUCCAGCCCGCGCCGCGCAGCCGCCGCCGCCGCCGCCCGGAUCCCUCCGCUGUUACCGGGGCGACGCCGCCUCCCGCCGCAGGCCCCCCCAGGCCGAUGUCGGAGUCGGGGCAGAGCCAGUCGGGCCCCGGGCGGCGCCGGUGGCCCCGCGACAAGGACCCGCCCCCGGCCCCGCCCCCGGCCCCGCCCCCCGCCGCCGCCGCCGCCCCGCCCCCUCCCGCCGCCGCCGCCGUGGCCCCGCCCCCGCCGCCGGCCCCGCCCCGCGACGCUGCCGCUGCCGCCGCCCCCUGGGAGCGCAGGGAGGCGGGGGAGGAGCCGGGGGGCGGAGUCAUGCAGAAGACGCCAAUCAUCCUGGCCAAGCCGCCGGGGGAGCGGGCCAAGGCCGGGGCGGGGCCGGGGGCGGGGCCGCCCCCCCCCGCGGCGGGGCCGGCCCCGCCCAUCGUGCUGAUGAAGGCGCGGGAGGAGGGGCGGGGCGGGGCCGGGGGGGAGGGGCCUGCGCUGGCCCCGCCCCGGGCGGAGCCCCGCCCCACCCAGCCCGUCUACCAGCUGCACAACCGGGGGCUGCCGGCCCCCCCCGGCACCCUGGACCCGGUGGCCGGCCAGGCGCGACUGGCGGCGCCCGAGAAGAUGAAGAGCAGCAUCAAACUGGUGGACGAGCAGAUGAACUGGUGCGACAGCGCCAUCGAGUUCCUGCUGGACCAGACGGACGUGCUGGUCGUGGGGGUCCUGGGGCUCCAGGGCACCGGGAAGUCGACGCUGAUGUCGCUGCUGGCGGCCAACCAGCCCGAGGAGGAUCCGCGGGCCUUCGUGUUCCGGCCGCAGAGCCCCGAGAUGAAGGAGCGCGGCGGCAACCAGACCUGUGGCAUCGACUUCUUCAUCACCCAGGAGCGCGUGGUCUUCCUCGACACCCAGCCCAUCCUCAGCCCCUCGGUGCUCGACCACCUCAUCAACAACGACCGCAAGCUGCCGCCCGAGUACGGCCUGCCCCACACCUACGUCGAGAUGCAGUCGCUGCAGAUGGCCGCCUUCCUCUUCACCGUCUGCCACGUGGUGCUGGUGGUGCAGGACUGGUUCACCGACCUCAGCCUCUACAGGUUCCUGCAGACGGCCGAGAUGGUGAAGCCGUCGACACCGUCCCCCAGCCACGAGCCCAGCGGCGCCGCCGGCCCCGACGAGGCCGCCGAGUACUACCCCCACCUGGUGUUCCUGCAGAACAAGGCCCGGGCCGAGGCCUUCUGCCCCCGGCGCCUGCGGCAGAUGCACCUGGUGCUCGACCGGCUCAUGGCGCAUUCGCACCUCAAGUACAAGGGGGCGCUCUCCAUGCUGGACUGCGGGCUCUUCCCGGGGCUCCCCGAGGACUUUGUGGAGACGGAGGUGAAUCUCUUCCUGCUGCCGCUGCUGGAGGCCGAGGGCGAGGACGCCCCCCCCCGCGCUGCGCCCGGGGGGGGGCCGCUCUUCCCGCUGCUCCCCCCGUACCGGGGCCACGGCGCCUUCGGGACCCUCCUGGCCCGGCUGCGCGGGCGGGUGCUGGCGGCCGCCCGGGCCCAGCUCUCCCACACCCUCCUCACCGAGAGGAACUGGUUCCACUACGCCGCCCGCAUCUGGGACGGGGUGAAGAAGUCGUCGGCGCUGGCCGAGUACAGCCGGCUGCUGGCCUGAGCGCCCGGAACGGCCCCAAAACGCCCCAAAACGGCCCCGGAACGGCCCCAACUGCCCCAAACCAGCCCUGGAACAGCCCAAAUCGCCCCAAACUGCCCCAAAAUGGCCCUGGAAUGGCCCAAACAGCCCAAAAACAGACCCAGAACAG